AUGUCACCCCCUUAUUACGUAGAUACUUAUAAGCUAUCGAACGAAGAACAAUUUUCGCCGCGCUCUAAAUUACACACAACACAUCGGCACGCAAACAGCAAGUUACCACCAUACAAACAACCACUUCUCGGAGGCGUAAUAGAAC